CUGGAAAUCGUUGUUUUUUUUUUGUUUCAUUUUCCGCUGUUUCCUUUCACUGUGAUCCUAGUAGUCAUGGCGACGGCGGUUGUGGAGGAGACUAGCAAGAAGCUCCCGCGUCCGGGUAAGGGAGGCUACCAUGGUCACGGCCUGUCGGAAGAAGAAGCGAGGGUGAGGGCCAUAGCGGAAAUCGUGAACUCUAUGGUGGAGCUUUCCCGGAAGAAUCAAACUGUCGACCUCAACGCAAUCAAAUCCGCCGCCUGCCGGAAAUACGGUCUUGCAAGAGCUCCGAAGCUCGUGGAGAUGAUAGCGGCUCUCCCCGAGUCCGACCGUGAGUCGCUACUGCCCAAGCUCCGAGCGAAGCCUGUUCGAACUGCCUCCGGCAUCGCCGUAGUCGCAGUCAUGUCUAAGCCGCAUCGUUGUCCCCAUAUUGCGACCACCGGCAACAUUUGUGUUUACUGCCCUGGCGGACCGGAUUCAGAUUUUGAGUACAGCACGCAGUCUUAUACUGGUUACGAGCCGACUAGCAUGCGAGCCAUUCGAGCCAGAUACAACCCAUAUGUCCAAGCCAGGAGCAGGAUUGAUCAGCUUAAGCGCUUGGGCCACAGUGUGGAUAAGGUCGAGUUCAUAUUAAUGGGUGGUACCUUCAUGUCAUUGCCAGCAGAUUAUCGUGAUUACUUUACAAGAAGCCUGCACGAUGCUUUAUCUGGACAUACUUCUGCCAACAUCGAAGAGGCAGUUGCCUACUCUGAGCAUGGUGCCACGAAGUGCAUUGGCAUGACGAUAGAGACGAGGCCAGAUUAUUGUCUUGGACCACAUUUGAGGCAGAUGCUUUCUUAUGGCUGUACAAGACUAGAAAUUGGGGUUCAAAGCACUUAUGAAGAUGUUGCACGGGAUACUAAUAGAGGACAUACUGUAGCUGCUGUGGCUGAUUGUUUUUGUUUGGCAAAAGAUGCUGGUUUCAAGGUUGUUGCCCAUAUGAUGCCUGAUCUUCCAAAUGUCGGGGUUGAGAGAGACAUGGAAAGUUUUCGUGAGUUCUUUGAGAGCCCCUCCUUUAGAGUGGAUGGACUAAAAAUCUAUCCUACUCUUGUUAUCCGUGGAACUGGACUCUAUGAACUUUGGAAAACUGGCAGGUACAGGAAUUACCCACCUGAGCAACUUGUAGAUAUUGUUGCUAGGAUAUUAGCAAUGGUACCACCUUGGACACGUGUUUACAGAGUUCAGCGGGAUAUUCCCAUGCCGUUGGUUACAUCUGGUGUUGAGAAAGGAAAUCUACGUGAGUUGGCUUUAGCCCGGAUGGAAGAUUUAGGCUUGAAAUGCCGAGAUGUCCGAACACGUGAGGCUGGAAUUCAGGAUAUUCAUAACAAGAUUAGGCCUGAGGAAGUUGAGCUUGUCCGCCGUGAUUAUACAGCAAACCAAGGCUGGGAAACGUUUCUCUCGUACGAGGAUACACGUCAGGACAUCCUGGUCGGGCUCCUGCGGUUGCGUAGAUGCGGGAAGAACGUGACAUGCCCUGAGCUGAUGGGUAGGUGCUCCGUUGUUCGGGAACUCCACGUUUAUGGUACCGCAGUUCCUGUCCAUGGGCGUGACUCAGAGAAGCUGCAGCACCAGGGAUACGGCACGCUUUUGAUGGAAGAGGCGGAGGGGAUAGCUAUGAGGGAGCAUAGAUCAACCAAACUAGCUGUGAUCUCAGGCGUAGGAACCCGUCAUUACUAUAGGAAGUUGGGUUAUAAGCUUGAAGGCCCUUACAUGGUGAAAGUCCUUGCUUGACUGCCCCAACUAUAGUCUAUAAGGCUCCUCUUCUGUAUCAGAAAUUUUGUAAUGAGGUUCAAGUUGAAGUGGUUUGCUCGGGUUGCCGGUUCCAUGAGGGGUUUGGGCUACAAAAAGGCUCCCUGGCUCGAGGUUGGUUUGAUUGACAAGUGCAUUUGGGGAAGGUAAACAUAGAUGAAGAGAACGAUUCAACCCCAUGUUUGGGAGAUGAAGCACACGAGGUUUGGGGGUUAAAAGAAACUUUGGUGCUACGAUAAGAAGACAAAUGAAAGUUUAGUGAGGAGUGGAAGAACCAGUUAAAAGGGAGGGCCUGUUGAAUGUUGAUCCAUUUUUACAGUCGCUUUGAGAGGUUAAAGAGAGUUAUAGAUCUGCUGGCAUAAGAAGGCUUUGCUUCCUCCAUGGCCGGAAUCCGGUCAACCACGGUAGUUUUGUCGAGUUUUCACUCUAGGUUGACGAGCCGGUACACUUUUGUUCUGACAUGGAACCCAGCCCUCGUAGAGCACUUCUAUUAUGCUUUAAAGCAAGGUUGUUAAACCCUUUCGGUUUGGUAAUUGAUUAUGAUUGUUAAGAAGGAAAAGUAUCAAGAAAGAUAUUAGAAAAAAUAGUUAGAAAGAGAAAGAGGGGUCGAGCACCAGAGGUUAGCCAGACCAAGAUCGGGAAUAAUGGGAAAAUCUUUGUUAAUGUCCGCCAUCUGUAGAGACGUUAACCCUAUUUUAACUAGGA